CUGCUACCAGGCAAUGCAAAAGCCACAAAACUAACAUCAAGGACGAUCGAGAAAACCUUGAAUCCUGAAUGGAACGAAGAACUUCAUUACUAUGGGAUCACAGAGUCUGACAAACAGAAGAAAACGCUACGGAUUACGGUACUGGAUCGUGAUCGUAUCGGUUCGGAUUUUCUUGGCGAGACUCGAAUUGCCUUGAGAAAACUGCCUAUGAACACACUGAAGAAGUACAACCUCUAUCUCGAGCAUGCCAUACCGAUUCAACAACCUCGCCAGGAAACCGACGUGAUACGUGGCAAACUUCUGCUUGCGCUACAGUAUAAUAUUCAACAAGGCUCACUAUUUGUGACUAUUAAACGUUGUGCAGAAUUAAUAGGAAUGGAUUCAACAGGAUUUUCUGAUCCCUAUUGCAAAGUGUAA